UGUUUGAACGCUGCUUUACCCUGUGAACUGGCGUGAAGCUGUGGUAAAGCAGGCAGCCUUUCUCCAUUGAGCCUGCCUGCAUUUGGUUCAGUUUGCGGCUGCUGUAGUGCAGUGAUACCACGUAGACUUUCUCAGACAGAGAAGCAGAGGCGCUAGCUUCUGAUUUCCCAGCUUUUGGAUUUUGUUGCUGUUUGUUUGUGUGUGCAUUUGGUUGAAUGAGUGAUGGCCGUCUUCAGUUACCUGUCCAUCUUACCCCUGCUGGUCUCUCUGCUCCUGGGCAGCCUGCGCUUCUCUGUACAGGAGCAGGAGGACGAUCACAGCAAACACCUUUACACCGCCGAGCUCUUCAGCCACGCCGUGCAGACCGCUCCUCACUUCAUCAUGUUCUUUGCACCUUGGUGUGGGCAUUGUCAGAGACUUCAGUCCACAUGGAAUGAACUAGGGGACAAAUACAACAACAUGGAAAAUACUCCAGCAAAUGUAGCUAAAGUUGACUGCACCAAAGAUACACAGACCUGUUCAGAUCAAGGAGUCCGUGGAUAUCCUACACUGAAGUUGUUCAGACCCGACCAGGAAGCAGUGAAAUAUCAGGGACCCCGUGACCUGCAGUCACUGGAAACGUGGAUGCUUCAGACCCUGAAUGCUGAACCUGCUCAACCAGAAUCUGAGCAGGAACCUCCCAUGGUCCCAGAAGCCAAGCAGGGCUUGUAUGAACUCUCAGCUAAUAACUUCAAGCUUCACACUGCACAAGGUUUUCAUUUUAUCAAGUUCUUUGCUCCAUGGUGUGGGCACUGCAAGGCUCUGGCUCCAACAUGGGAACAACUGGCAACAAUGUUUGAGCAUUCCGACAAUGUGAAAAUUGCCAAGGUUGAUUGCACUGCCCACCAGCAGUUGUGCUCUCAGAACCAAGUGCGUGGAUACCCAACCCUUCUUUGGUUCAAGGAUGGGGAAAAGGUUGAUCAAUACAAGGGAAAGAGAGAUCUGGACUCUUUGAAGGAAUAUGUGGAUUCCCAGUUAAAGGCAGUUGAAUCUGCUGAAGAAGAUCAGGAAACUGAUGAAGAUUCUGAGGAAGAGGAUCAUUCAGAGGAGGAGAAGGAACCGUAUAGCGUGCUCAUCUUGACUGAAAGUGAUUUUGAGCAGACCAUAGCCACAGGGCUGACGUUUGUGAAGUUUUAUGCACCCUGGUGUGGUCAUUGCAAGAGUUUAGCACCGACCUGGGAGGAACUUGCCAAGCGGGAGUUUCCGGGUUUAAGUGAUAUCAAAAUUGCAGAAGUGGACUGUACUCAACAGCGCUCCCUCUGCAAUCAGUUCUCGGUCCGUGGUUAUCCAACAUUGCUGCUGUUCCGUGGUGGUCAGCAGUUAAGUGAAUACAACGGAGCAAGAGAUUUGGAAGCUCUUCACGACUACGUCCUACAGCAAGCCAGGGAUGAACUAUAAAACAUGUUAUUUUUUGGUCCAACCACCACUUCGUGUCAUUGUUUACAAGAUUGUGUUUUUUUUGAAGUAAUCUUUUUCAUGGUCAUCAAUGUAUAUCCAUAAAGGUUGUUGCCAACUUACCAGCCUUCUGGAAGACGGAGUUGGCUUCAGCUUUCACCAUAUAGUGGUGCCUUCUAAGUAUGUGGUACUGAAUGGUGAGAUCUUGCUUGUUUAUCAUCCCUAUCUGCCAUCUUUUAACACUUCAGUGGAUGUGGUUCAUGUGUUGUUAUCAGACAAUCAUGGGAUAUCAAAUGUACCUGGUUAGUAAUUAUAGUACUGUGGGAAGAAAACUAAACAAGAAUACCUCAGCACAUCUUCAAGCCACAUUCACCUGCACAAGUUAGUAAAAAGGAAGCCAAGCCAGUUUAUAACAAGUGAUUAAUAACAGUGUAGAGUGUGAAAGACUUGAACAACACAUAAUAGUGUCAAAAAGAGUAUGGGCAGUAUCCAAUAGGGAUUGUAAUUAUUUUUCCCCAAAAAGCAAGAGCACUUAAAAAUCCCUUGAGUGAACAAAACUGCGUAACGUAGCAGUUACCACAUCAUAUGGUAACAUGUUAUUUCACCCUCGAGUUACAACUUAUGUUAUACAUAGCUCCAGAAACACUGCUCUUAAUUGAAUUUAUUUUAAAGAACUAGACAGUAAAGAAGUGGCUAAAGAGCUAACUUUUUUCAUUUUGUAAGUUUUAAGUCGAAGGAUUUCAAAUUUAAUGAAUACAUCAAACAUGCUAGUCAGUCAUUCAAGCUGGUUGCCAUUGACAAGGUAAUUCUUGAGAGAAGUGUUUCAGUGUAGCCGCAAGAUGUCAAACUGUAUAUUGUGUGAACAAACUGCACAAAAAAAAAAAGCCACUUGACUUUAACAUCAUUUAUUGUUAGCAUGUGUGUAUGGAGAAUGAAUUGUUCUUCGAGAGACAGGGGAGCAGUAAGUGUGUGUGUGGUUGGCACUUAGAUUUUUGUAUAAAAAGAAACAUUAAAAAAUGUAGGACUGUCAAUAGUGUACACUACUUGGCAAUUUCUAAUAAAAAUUUCUUAAGAAAAA